AUGGAAAGAAGUACUUUUCAGUAUCUAUUGAAACAAGUAAAACCUAUGUGGAAAAAAAAAGCAACCGGCCGUAUAAAACUAAAACUGGAAGUUGCUCUCUUAAUGACGAUUUGGAGGUUAGCUACUGGGUGUUCUUUUCGGGAAUUGUCCAAUUUAUUCAAUGUAGGCAGAGGAGCAACAUUUUCAGCAUAUUUAGAAGUGGUUAAAAUUUUAUUCAAUAUGAAAAAUAAAUUUGUUAAGUGGCCAUAUACUGAAGAAGCACAGCAAAAAUGCUGUGAAGAUUUCCAAAAUUUAAGAAAAAACCCUAUUCCUUUUGUAAUAGGAUGUAUUGAUGGCUGUCACAUUCAAAUUAGUGCACCGAAAAAUGACUCCAUAAGCUAUUUUAACAGAAAGCAAGUGCAUUCAAUGGUGUUACAGGCAGUUUGCGACAGCAAUUUAAAAUUUAUUGAUGUCUUCUUUGGGUGUCCUGGUUCUUGUCACGAUGCCGCGGUAUGGGAAAAUAGUCCACUUGCAAAGGAUGUAAAAACGGGGAAGCGGAAACUUUUUAAUGAAUCUUUCUUACUAGGAGAUUCCGCGUACCCACUGUCAAAAUUUUUAAUUGUACGAUACCGCGAUAAUGGAUUUUUAACUGACCAGCAAAACCGAUUUAAUUAUAUUCACAGUUCAACACGAGUAAUAAUAGAACAAGCAUUUGGACGAUUAAAAACUAUGUUUCGAAUACUACAUAAUUUAAUUAUCGACUAUGAAGGUAUUCAAGAUUUUAAUAACGAUGACGAUUUAAAUUUUGUUGAACCAAAUAUUGAUGAUGCUGGUAACAAAAAUGUAGUGGACUCAGAUGAAGGAGGGGAAAUUCGUGACAGAUUGGCCAUGCUGUUUUGCAGUUAA